AUGAAUAGAUUCCUUGCCAGCCUCGUCGGUGGAGCCCUUGGGGUGGCCCUACACCGUGGCCUGUUCAUUCAUGGUGAAUGGCAUGUGCGGGCUCCAGCAGUUCUGCUCCAUCAUCUCGGUUAUUUCUUAGUACUGGCUAUGGCUGUCAAUAGGGCGUCUUUUAUCAUAAUGGGGUAUCUUCUGGGGCUGUUCUCCAGUAUCAUCAUCUACCGGAUCUUCUUGCACCGCCUCAGAAGCUUCCCAGGCCCACGAUUGGCUCGCAUCACCAAGAUAUGGCACGCCUGGCAUUGCCGCUAUAGUCAGAAUUACCUUCUUUUGUCGAAGCUUCAUGAUGAGUACGGUGACUUCGUUCGAACUGGGCCUAGCGAGAUUACAGUAUACCACCCAGGUGUAUUCAUGGCUAUUGAUGGGCCACAGGGAAACUGUGUCAAGUCUGAAUGGUAUGAUAUACUCCAUCCCAAACAGUCUUUGGUGACUGCACGCGUGAAGGAAGUCCAUGGAGCACGGCGUCGAGAGUGGAAUCGUGGAUUCACGCCGCAAGCACUGGACCAAUACCAAGAGCGUAUUCUUCCACUUCUUGACCAGCUGGAAGCCUAUAUCGAUGCCGAUAUCAUGGCGAAUAGAGUUUCUGAAGUCACAGACCUCCUCUACUGGCUCGGGUUUGACCGAAUGGGAGACUUUAUUUUCAGUCGGACAUUUAAUAUGUUAUCACGCCAGGAAUGGCACCAUAUUGUUGUUCUGCUCCAGCGCGCGUUGUCUCUCCUCGGUCCCCUGAGCCCCUUGCCAUGGCUGAUCCAUAUAGCCUUUAAACUGUUUCCCCGAGUCUGGAUUCUGCGUGACUGGUUUCGAAUGGUGAGAUGGUGUGAAGCUCAAAUGCUAGAUCGUUUAAUAUCCCCUAAGAAUACAUCUAUUGUGCCUGAUGUCGCACAUUAUCUCCUGAGAGAUGCAAGGAAUGAUUUCAGACAAUUUCCAUGGCUAACUGGGGAUAGCAUACUGGCUAUUGUUGCCGGAAGCGAACCAACCGUAGCGGUUCUUAUCGGUCUCUUUUCUGAGUUGGCAAAACACACUCACCAUGCUGACAUCAUUCGCGAUGAAAUCAACAAGGUCGAUAUUGAAGACUCUCGGGAGUUGGCAAAAAAAUGUCCACAUCUUGAAGGAGCAAUUUUUGAAGCUCUUCGUCUUUACCCUGCUUUACCAACAGGGGGCAACCGCGAAAAGAACUUCGAACAAGCAGCCGCCUUCAUUCCUGAGCGAUGGUAUCAAAGACCCGAGAUGGUGCGCAGCAAGGUUGCAUUCACACCAUUUGGUACCGGUCAUACAAGCUGUUUGGGACGAGCUCUCGCCAUGAACGACAUGCGGCUGAUCACAGCGCGCUUGGUGCAAAAGUACAACUUUAGUCUACCACCUGGCGAGACCGGCGACUCUGUGCUUAGAGGCUUGAAAGACCAGUUUACUUCGAAUCCCGGUCGCUUACGGCUAGUAUUUCAAUCUCGUGAAAAGUAA